UGCCUCCAUUUGGGGACGCAGCCCCCUGCAAGCCCCCUUCAGGCUCAGGGCUGCCGGAGGCGAUGCUGCUGGAGGCGGAGGCCGAGAGGAGGAGGAGGACGGAGGAGGCGCGGGUCUCGGGCUCCGGGGGCCGGGGCUGGUCGGCUUCUCCCUUCCUCCUCCUCUGCUCGGGAUGGAGGGGUUGAACUGGGGCUCUGGGGCUGAAGAGAGAGAGGACCCCCGUGGCGACGUCGAGUUGAGAUACACUGGCAACAAAGGACCAUACUGACAUUACUGCUUCCCAUUCCCUCAGUUCAGAAUGUCUCAGAUCUGACUUGCAAUGCAACAAAACAACAUGGUCGGGUGGAGUUAAACUACGGUUAAAGAACAGACGAAGUGACCCUGUGGGCCAACCACAGUCCUGGCAUCCAGCCAAGUUCAUAGAGAACCAGCCCGAUCUCAGUAUGAUGCAAAUAUCUCAGGGUAUGAUUGGCAGUCCUUGGCACCAAGCCUACCAUUCCAGUUCCUCCGCAAGUGAUCUUUCCAGCUACGACCAUGGUUAUUUAAGGAGAAGUCCUGACCAAUACAGCUCCAGGGGGAGCAUGGAGAGCUUGGACCAUACUCCUGCAGGGUAUGCCCAACACCCUUGCCACCUUUCGCCUGCCAAAUCGACCAAUAGUAUCGACCAGCUUUCCCAUCUCCACAGCAAGAGGGAUUCAGCGUACAGCUCUUUCUCAACCAACUCCAGCAUCCCUGAAUAUCCAGCACCUGCAUUUUGCAAGGAGAGGUCCUACUCCAUGGAGAAUGUGCAUUCCCGAGGCCGACCACAGGAAGGGGGAAUGCGGCAGGCAGAUAUCAGGUACAUUAAAACUGUCUACAAUGCCCAGCGAGGGGUUUCAGAGGAGUAUGAAGUCAAGUCCUCUGCUCUCCUGCCAAGCUAUGAAGCUCAGGCUAAAGGUUACAGCUCCAGCAGAUUCCAUGGGUACAACAAAGGCCCACAAACCCGGAGUUCGUCUGACAGCGAAAGCCUGUAUAUGAAGGGGCCUCCCUUGCCACCAGCCCGUAGUGAUAGUUAUGCAGCAAUAAGGCACCAUGAGAGGCCCAGCUCCUGGUCAAGUCUUGAGCACAGAAAGUCAUGCAGGACUCAUCCCAAAGGUGCUUGGUCUCAUCUGGGCCAAGGCACUCCUCCUCCAGGGCAGCUCCAGAAAUCUGCAUUUUUAGAAGGACAGCUCCACACAGUGAUGGAGAAGAGCCCUGAGAAUAGUCCCACAGUGAAGCCCAAACAGGUCUACCCACAGGCAGCUCAGCCAGGGCAGCCAUUACUUCCAACUGGUGUUUAUCCUGUUCCUUCACCUGAGCCUCACUUUGCUCAGGUUCCUCACCCUACUGCAAGUAAUAGUGGAAUGGUUUAUCCAGCACUUGCCAAAGAGAGUGGGUAUGCACCACCACCUGUUCCUUCUCCAUCUUCAUAUGAAAAGGCUUCUACCUGCAGGUCACAUUCUGGCUUGGAUGAAAAUGGAAACCAAAGCAUUCCUAACAAGGCUGCCAUCUUCUACCAACCUGAAUUUGUGCUAUCCAUGGCAGGGAAGAAGAAAGAGGUGGGAGACACAGCUACAAAAUUUGUCCUGUACAGAACUCAUCCUAAAGCCUAUGCAACAUCUCUGAGACAGGAAGAAUCAGAGUGCCCUUACAAGACAGCAUCUAUAAUCCAGGAAAACAUGAGAAACACUCAGCGUUCAAACCACAGUGCUCAGCCACGGCUGUCCCAGUCAAGGUAUGUGAAUGACAGCAAAGUCCACUUCCAGUCAAAGGACUGUGGUUCAGGAGAGCAGCCAGAAGACAUGAAUGCUAACCUGCAGAGAGAUUCCACAACACAAAACCAGUGGAGCUCUAGUAAGGCCAAGCAAUAUGGCUUCUCCUCCUUGCAAAAUAUCCCAGAGAGCACAAAGUUGCAAAACAGCAAGGAGCUGACGGAGAUGCAGCCAGGUAAGAGCUACUCUGGUGCCAAAUGGCAUGUUAUAAAUUAUAGUAGCCAAGAAGAGAAGGAAAACCAAGAGCAGCUCCCUGAAUACUGGCAGGACAGAGAAUGGCAAGUCUUGGAAGCAUGCCAGGAUGCCACAGAUCAUCCCCAUGGUAUAGAGCCAAAAUAUGAGGUGCCCUCUUGUUCAUUAGCCCCAAAGCCAUCAGAUUUUACAAUUCGCCGGCUCAGUUCUAGUAGCACCCAAAGCAUUCAGAACUCUCAGUAUGGGAAGAUGGAAUCGAAGAAGGCUCUGUGUUCUGUUCUGGAAAAGGUGAGCAGGAUAGAGCAGCGUGAACAAGGCAAUCAGUGGCCACAGAAUUUGAGUGCAAACUGUUUUGGCCAGAAUUAUGGGUCAAACAAGUCUAGCAUAAAUGCCAUUGAGGAGAUGCAAAACAGUCAUAACUCUCAAGAGUUUGACCAGUUGCUUGAUGAACAUGGCAGGGUGGCCAGCCCAAAUACCUCAGGUCAGACCCCUUAUAUGCACCACCCAAUUGAGAGAGGAGCUGGCAAAGCAGAGAGGGCUAACUGGCAUUCUUCAGAGCAGCAGAUGGCAGCAACAACAGCUAUGGUACCAGUGCCACCACAGCAGAAUAUCUAUCAUGGCGGACCCUCUGAAAAUGAAUCACAGAAACAGGCUGGGCAGCUGCAACGGAGCAGAAGUACCUUCCAGUUGGUGGAGGAGCCUGAGAAGGAGAUCAUAUGGAAGGUUAAUAUCCAGGGCAUGAGCAGAUCACAGCUGGAUAUUCCCUUUAACAGGGCUUACAGGAACAGUAUUAAAGAUGCCCAGUCACGGGUUUUGAGGGCCACCUCCUUUAGGCGCAAAGACCUCAACAUUAGCCCUCCAGUUGGUAAGGAGCCAAAAAGGAGUGUACAAAGACCAGCUUCAGCACACCUUGGGAUGAGGAGCACUGCAGCAUCUCCACAUACCCCAAAGGAGAGGCAUAGCAUUACACCAACACAGACAAAAAUGGAAUAUACUAAUAAAGAAAGUCUUCCCGGGCCUCCACAUGUACCUCGCAUUGGGAGUAGGAAGCGCCUGACAGCUGAACAGAAAAAGAGGUCAUACUCAGAGCCAGAAAAGAUGAAUGAAGUGGGUGUGUCUGACAGUGAGCUCUCUCCUUUCUCCCUCCAGAAGAAAGUCCUCCAGUUUGUUUUUCCAGAGAACACAGUGGCUGAUAGGCGCAAGAUCUUUGAGCGGGAGAACAAGGCUUGUUCCACCAUCAAUCUGUCCAGGCCAGAGCUGAAGCAGCUGCAGCAAAAUGCACUGGCAGAUUACAUUGAACGCAAAACUGGGAAACGACCAUCUUCUGCAUCUCAGGAAACCAGCCUCCCACAUGAGGGUUCCCAGACACCAUAUCUGCAAACAAGUGUCCAAGAUGGCCAGUCUCUGUCAUCAUCUUCCAGCAUGAAUUCUCUUCAGGACCAGAGUCUUUUACAUCAUAGGGAGUCUCUAGAUCGGGUGUCUAGAACAGGACGUAGCAUUGUUACUCUCCCUCCUGGGCUUACGGGCUGCUUUGAUAUCCAUGAAUAUGACAAUAAGAAGGCAGCUCACCCAAAUAGGAGUAGCAGCAAGAGCUCUUUUCCCACUUGGCUGAAAGUAGAUCGCCAACAUGAGCACAAAGCCAGUUUGGAGCUCAGUAAAAGCACUCAGACUGAUCUUGACGUAUGCAACCAGCCAUUUCCUGAUAACCAAGCCCUGGACAAGAAAGCACACAGCAGGAAACCUGGGAAGUCAGCCUCUGCAGAGGAUUUGCUGGACAGAUCAGAAAAUCAGGCGGUCGCUGUGCACAUCCGAUCCAGGUCAUCCCCCACAGCAGAUAAGAAGUGCCAGGAAUUACUGAUGGCAGAAAAUACUGAGUUCAAUCGUUUUGUGAAAGAUCCAUUCUACAUUGUGGGUGCUGGAACCAGAUCAUUUGGCUGUAAAGAAAGAGGUGAGAUGGAGAGAUCAGCCUUCACACACUAUCAUCCCCAUCUGCAUCGUGGCAGUGAGGGUGUCAGUAGUUCAUCUGCACUGAAUGAGAGCCAGAAAGCUCCAGAACGUCCCAGACAUAUCAGUAGAACUUCAGCAUUUUCUGUACCUUCAACAGAGACAAAGGGCCAUCGUUCUGAUUCUAAGCAAGGCAGCAGACAUGUUACUCCUUCCAGAUCUGGCUGGUCUUUUCCUAAUGCUGCAAACUCCAUAUCCUCUCCUGCAAAUGUUCAGGUUGCUGCAGAUGGCCUAGUUCCAAGACGACAAUCCAGAUCUGACAAGGAUGAUAAUAGUAAAGUUCAGGCCCAGAUUCUGGGGAAUACCAGUUCUCCCCCCAAGGAGCCAAUAGAAGAAGCAUCUCAGAGGUGGAAAGCCACAGUUUCUCAAAGACACCUCCCAUCUAAGCUUAAAUGGAUCAAAGACAAUGGCAUGCCAAGGAGCUCUGUGCCUCCUCAAGCACCUGGGCAGAAGGUUUUCCAAAGGUGGCAAAGUUUUCCAUCUCAAAGCAGCUCCUGUUCUGAACCAGAAACCCCUUCUAGUCAAGGAAGACUCUCCCUCCGCAUCUCGGAAUCCUGCCUGCAGAUGUCUCCUCCAUCAUUCCCCCAGGAAGAGGAUGAUGAUGAUGUUUUCGUCAAAGAGACCCAGCCUCGUGCCACAGGCCCUGCUUCUGACAGUUCACCCCAUCCAUUGCCAUCUCCACUUCCUGAAGUGAGCCCCAGCCCCAUUGCAAGCCCUGUGGAAGAAUUCCCUCCUCCACCUGCCUCGAUACUAGAAGCUAAUUCUCCGACAGCACAAAACUCUACAAGCCUUGAAGAGGAGGAGCCUGCAGCAAGGAACUUGACAAGGUUUCCCGGGAACUUAAAUGACAAGGGAAAAGAACCAAACACAGCCAUUAUCAAGAGCAGCUAUGCUCUUCCGCUUCCAUCUAUGUCAAGCUCAGGAUCCAAAGCAAACAGUGUCACACUUUCCUUGGAAACACAACAUCAACAGUCUCUGGCCAUCCAAGAAUCAGUGGACAAAGUCUUUCCCAGUCAGGCAGGGGAUCUUACUGGGACAGAUAAUGAGUCUGAAAAUGAAGGCCCUGAUAGCUACACAGAGAAGAUUAAAAGUCCAGAGGAUAUCAAAGAGGAAGCCUUAGCCAAGGAGAUUAUCCACAAGGACAAGUCAUUAGCCAGCAUUCUGGAUCCAGACUCCAAGAUGAAAACCACCAUGGACUUGAUGGAAGGGAUUUUCCCCAGUGGUGACAGGUUGCUUAAAGAGAACAAGAAGAGGAAAACAAUGCAGAAAAGGACCAACAGUAGUUCUGUUCUGAAUGAUAAUAGGAAGGAUGAACCUGCUGUGAAGGAGUCUCUCAUGACACUGCUCUCAUGUCCAGCUUACUACAGUGUGUCUGGACCCAAAGCUGAACUCCUGAACAAAAUCAAGGAUAUGCCUGAGGAAUCAGGUGAAGAUGAUGAAGGUGUGGAUAUCAAUGAAAAGAAGGCUGAACUUAUUGAGAGCUUGUCCCAUAAGAUGGAGACUUUAAAAGAAGCCAAGGAGAGCUUGCUGGCGGAUAUCAAACUCAACAACGCCUUGGGAGAAGAAGUAGAAGUUUUGAUCAGUGGUCUGUGCAAGCCAAACGAGUUUGAAAAAUACAGGAUGUUCAUUGGAGACCUGGAUAAGAUAGUCAGCCUCUUGCUGUCACUCUCAGGACGCCUGGCCCGGGUGGAGAAUGUUCUCAGCAGUCUCAGUGAAGAUGCUGAUAAUCAGGAACGGAACUCUCUGAAUGAGAAGCGGAAAAUGUUGGCAGGCCAGCAUGAAGAUGCCCGUGAAUUGAAGGAGAACUUGGACCGCCGAGAGCGUGUAGUCUUGGAUAUUUUGUGCAAUUACCUCUCAGAAGAGCAGCUUCAUGACUACCAGCAUUUUGUGAAGAUGAAAUCUGCACUUCUCAUAGAACAGCGUGAGCUGGAUGACAAGAUCAAACUAGGGCAAGAGCAGCUCAAGUGCCUUCUGGAGAGCCUUCCCUCGGACUUCAUCCUUCCAAGCAAAAAGGCAGCAGAGCCUUCGGCCCCAGCUGGGAGCAACAGUAGUAACAGACCUCAGCCUCCAGCUUCUUCCCUCUGACCUUCCCUAGAGGGGGUUGUGUCAAAACCUUCUUGAAUUUAUUUAAUCAGAGACAGCUUUUAACUUUUUAAAUUGAUGUUUCACCAUUUCUUUUUUUUUUUUUAAUUAACAUAGGGAAAAUGAACAACAUGAAAGCUUUCUCUUUCUUCUCCUUGAAAUUACAACUUAAACCUCUCUCGAUCACAUGAGAAGGGACUGGAUUUCUGUGGCUAAAAGAGAUGUAGAAGAGGCCAACCACAUCUGACUGCAAAAGGCUGGCUUAUCAUAGAUAAACUCAAGCUAGUCCCAAGUUAAAAGGAGUCUUGGGGGACCCUCUGAGCACUGGUGGUCAUUAAAUAAUGAAGGAUAUACAAUAAUGAAGCCUUAAGAUAUUAAUGGGAUACCUGCUGUCUUGAACAAUAUCGGUAUUUAUAUUUUUUAAAGAUACAAGAUAGAAUUCUGUAAAGAUUUUGUACAUACGCUAACCAGUUAUUUGAUUCUACUUCAACAUGGAUGUAGGAAAAAUAAUGUUUAAUUAUUAUUAUUUUGUUACUUAACAGAGGAACCCUCAACACACCCCUAAAAAACAUGUCACACACCAUAAGUUGGAAUAGUGGUAUAGAUACUUUAUAAAAGAUUAGCAGGGAGGAAAAUGCUUCAGGGCCUGAUCCAGGGAUGAUAGUGCACACAAAAAAGGUUGUAUGCAGCCACUUAUUUUGUGUAGUUUAGCCCUAACAUUACAUGUAGACACUGAGUUGUGCUGGCAAGCAGGAGAUGCACUCUCAGUUUUACUGGGUGAGGAUCCCCAAUCAUAGUGCUAUGGAUCAUACCCACAUAUGCAUAGACAUGCACAUACAAUCCAUGGAUCUGCCUCCCAACCUUGGCAGGUCAUUUGUCAUGACCAAGGGCAGUGAUAAUACUGAGUGCAAAUCUAUUGUACACAAAAGACAAGUCUCUGCCCACCCCACAUCACAGUGCAGGUUUGUGAGGGCGGUUCCAUGCGGAGAAUGCCUCUCCCUACCACACCCCAUCCCUAGUGCAUCAGUCAGUCACUGGCUUGGGGCAUUUUAUCUCUUUCAGAACCCACUGAAUGUAUCAGUAAGUGACCUUUCUGAAAAACGUUUGCACAACAACAUACCGUCUUCCAGAUCUGCAGUGAACAAGCACUUGUGUGAACCAAAUAACUCAGGAGUCAGCCUCAAGCCGAAGCAAAGAGAUUUCCCCCUUGACUUUGUCUUUCUAUCCCACUCUUUCUCUCUCUUGGGCUCAGUGACCAUUUAAAAACAAUAAAACCAGAAAGCAUGGAAUUGCAUGCAGCUUGCAAUAUGUUUGAAUGACUUCUUGAGGUGGUUCAUUUGAAUGUCCUUAUUUAUAGAUUGCUUUUAAAAAUCCUUAGCCUUCAUUGUUUCCCUUUAAACACCAUAGUACUUUGUUUUGUUGAUUCAUUUGGAUUUGGUCAUAUCCAAAGUGAUCUGUAUCCAAAACUGAGAUGCAGACAAAAAUGCAACUUGAAUUAAUUCUCACACUCUCUCUAAAUCUCAGUGAAAAUGUAUUGUUCUUUUCUCCUAUACAGAUGACAGAUUCUGCCUCCAGAUUGUUUGUUUAAAAUAUGUUGAAUUUAUGUGCAACGUACUAAGGAACUGGGACUGUUUCCAAUUUCUUGCUUGCUUUGGUGUUUGGAGGCAAAGUUCUCUAAGACCUUCCCUAGCUGUUUUUCAACUCAUUUGAGCAGAAGAAAUUAAAACCUGAGAAAGGUUACUUUUAGAGAUUGCAACUUCCAGAGUCCCCAAGAAUUCUGGGAAUUGUAAAUAAUAAAUAAUAAAUAAAAAUUUUAUUUAUAUACCGCCCUUCUUCAAUCAGGGCGGUGUACAACAAGAUUAUGCAAUACACUGAACACCAAAUCUGUUACAAUUCUGAAACUAAUUUUUGCAAGCUCAGGCAGAAUUAUAUGUUUAUAUUUGUAGCUGUGGAGAAUCUGUAACUGGGAGCUUUUCAACUCUUUCCAUAUUGGCCUCUUCUCUGCAAAUCCUUCUCCUCCUUAUCAUUUCCCUCCAUGUCUAGGUGUCUUUGGAUCUUGGAGCCCAGCUCAAGAAAAGGGAGAGUGUUUUUGUCUUUUUUUUUUAAUGGAGGGUAGAAGAAAGGUGAAGUAUGUUCCUGCCAUCUGCCAGUCCUCCCUACAAAUUACCUGAUCCUUAAUGAGCAUUAUGACAGGCUUAAGAACCCUGCAUUAUCUUUGUAAUGUUCAGCUCCACUUCAGGCUACAUUCCAGGAUAUAGGAAUAUAUUUUAAGAGCACUUGUUCUAUUUUUCCUUUUUAUAGCACAUAAAUAGCUGCUAUAAUGUUAACUAACAAGACAAACAGUCUCUUUAAACAAAUGGAAUUCAUACUGUGUAUGUAAAAAUCCACACUCUUGUUUCAUCCUUGUAGUGGCUGCCCUUCCAACCAAAUGUGUAGAACCAAGGAGACAGACGGAGAAGUGUUGGGGUGCUACAGAAAAAGGUGCUAUUGAGUCAUGUUCUACCAUGGCUCAAAACAUAGAGAGGGGUGCCUCUAUGACUCCUCUUCCUCCCUAAAUGUUGCCCCCUGGGUUAGUGUGAUGGCCGCAUUUUGCCCCCUGUGUAUGUUACCUCAGUUGUCCACUGCAGGGGAUAGCUAAACUGCAUUGAGGCAGCCCUUUGUCUCUCCCCACAACCCCACAGUUGCCUCAGUUUUUUAAAAAAAGGCAGAGCACAUGCUCAGCUGUUUGGAUCUGGCAACUGGUAUUAUGUGAA